AUGGCCAAUCUACAAGAAGCAGGGUGCGGCAAAAGCCCAAUAUCCAAUCAUGAAAGUACUUUGCAAAAGCUCGACCUACGAAAUCUCAAGCUGGCUCAGGUUUUGGCGGUGCUGAACCAGGAUGGAGUUUUUAUAGAGACGGUGUCAGUGGAUGCCAAUGAUUCGGAUCGCUUAGAUUUUCUGAAAUUCAAGAAUAAGUCCAGCCUUGCUGAAUUGAUACACAUUUUAGAAUCUGAGGGUUUGAUCAAAUGCCAGGACUCUGGUACAGAUCAGAAGAUUCUCUUGCAUGACACUUGGCGACUUACACUGCAAAGAAAAUUAUAUAACGAAAAGGAAUUGUUUCAACCAAUAUUCAAUGCAGCUGUCAGUCUCAUUCGCCGAAAAUUUCCUCGCCAAUCUCCUGUUCAAUUCCCUCAGAACGAUAUUUGGGGGGUAUGCAAGAAAUAUUCUCCACACAUCAUAAGCCUGAUGGAAGUACAUGCCGCUUCGUUGGUGCCACCAGAGCCCUCGAUUGACUAUGCGUUACUUCUCUCAGAUGCCUCCAACUAUUUUUAUGAGCGCAACUUCUUUGCAGAUGCGCUUCGCACCGCGGACGCAAGCGUCGAAGCUUGCAAGCACAUUGAUGAUUGUGAAGCUGCCAGAGCCGAUAUACAUACAAUUGCUGCCGCCGUGAGGGACACUUCUGGUAUCUCUGAGAGAUCAAAGACACUCCAUCAUUAUAUCAUGGCGAUUGCUCUGCGCCAAGAAUGCCUGAACAAAUCCAAGCUGGAAGAUGUCACUCAUGACGAUCUCUGGAACUACGCCAAUGCCUGGGGUAAUAUGACGCCGAUACUGUUGGACUAUGGGUGCUACGAAGAUGUCAUUGUAUACGCCGAGUUCGCAAUGACUAUCAAAAGAAAAUUAUUUAGCCAUGAACGAGAGUCCACUAUUGCAUGCUAUGAGCAAUAUCGCAAUAAGCACAUUGCAUUGGCAGCUUUGGGACGUUUUGAAGAUGCUCAACGUUGGAGGCCUGAUCCAGAAAAUUGCAUUGACGACCCGAGAUAUACGGUGAUAAUGAUCAGGUAUUACUUUUUCCAUGCCAAUAUCGCCAUCAUAUGUGGUAAGCUAGAUGCAGCAUAUGAAAGUCUGCAAAAGACACUUGAAAUGCGAACAAAGUUUUUCGGCCCUACUGGCCGGAGCACAUUGGAUACGUACUACUUGCUUGCUAUGCUGGAGAUAAGGAGAGGUAAUAAUGAUGCCGCAGAAGCACAUUUGAGAAAGGCUCUCGAAAGCCCCAACGAUUGGACGGACGAGGCAUGUGCACGAGCUAGGUAUAAGCUUCCUCAACUACUCCUUAGCAAGGAUGAUGGUGAGGCUCAACAUUUGCUGAAAGAGGCAAGUGAAAGGUUGGCCACGUACUGGGAGAAAUACGCAAGAUACUGGCCACGCGAAUUGGAUUUACCUGAUGAGGAUGAGAUGUAUGAUCAUAUUGUCCCAGCUGAAGCCGGCCGUCUCUCAAUGACGAAAUUGCUGCCACUUAACACGCUGACGAGAGGGCUCAAUGACAUUUGCCGCCAGCUUGCGUCUCGUUUGAAAUCAGAUGAUGCUGCACUGGCUACCAAGGAAUUAGCUCAACUUUUGAAGACACAGUCUUCGAUGUUUCAUUUAGUUCCUUGA